CCUAACCCAUUAACUCUUUCUUGUUUUAGUUCUUGUGAUUUUGUGCAGCCACGUGAUGAAAUACCUUUUGAAAGGAGUGGUGAGGCGCAAAAGAUGGUGGCAAAAGAUCCAAUUGGAUUCCAACAUAAAUUCGGCAAUAUCAAUUCUUGUUGGAUGGUGGAAGACAAAAGCUUGAUUAAAUUCUUUGUUAUUAAACCUUUUGACUAUUUCGAUUCUUAUUUACAGGGUUAUGACAUGGAGUUGCCUAAAAGCAUUGCUAAGGUGGAGCCAUUGCAUAAAAGAAUACAAGGUGAUGAUGUUCCAUUGGUAAAUAAGUCCAAGUAUGAUGAUGAUAUUUUGAUGCACAUCAAGUCAUUAACUAUAAUAUCUAAGUUAAUGUGUAAGAGUAAUUCGCUUCCUUUUGAAAUUGUGUAUGACAUAGAUGAUUACUUAUUCCAACUUGGUGGAAAGAGGCAUGGAAUUUCUGAGAAGAGGCUUGCGAAUGAGUUAAAUAUUUCUUCUUAUCUUAUUCAAGUGGCUAAGGAGUUUUCAUGUGCUAAAGUGCUAGAAUGUGAUCUUUGUUAUGUUAUGGGGAGUCAUUCUUCAAGUCAUGUUCAUUGUAAGCUUGUAAAAGUAUUUGUUUCUAGUAAAGAGGAUAUGCAUGAUUGUUGUAAUACUGGUGAUCAAAUACUCUUUCAUGUAGAGGAAUCCACGAGAUGUCUUGGAGCUCCAAAUUCGCACAAAAAUGAUGAACAAAUGACUGAAAAUCACGAAGGGGCCUUUUUAUACAUUCUGCCCAGCCCUUUCGCACCUGUGAUCCCAUAA